UUUACACCUGGACUAAAACAGAGAAGGAGAAAGAGAAGAACCACACUGAGCAUCAUCAGCCCAGAAGGACUCUCCAGACUUUUGGAAAAGUAUCCUCUUCUAACCUCUUCAGGAGCCAUGAGGAUCUUCAACCUGCUCUACCUGCUCCUGCUGCUCGUUGCAGUUGUAGCAUCAGCAUCAGUCUCCUCCACCAGACCAGAUUUUAUGAAGCCAAGGAGAAGAUACCACAGACACCGCUACUGCCCACACAGACGCUGCAUGCCUCUCCACUCCAGAGUACCCUUCCCCUAAGGUAAGACAUGUGCACCCAUUCAUGUGUUUCUGUGUAAAAAAAGGUUAUGAGCCGAGCUGUGUGAUACAUGGAACAAAACAAGUUUACAGAGCCGGUAGGUGGCGGUUAAGAAGGUGUGUGUGAUUAGUGGCAGAGGUGUGUAGUCAUGCAGAACAGGAGUGCAUGGGGGAGAAAGGCUCAGACAUAAAUCUCACUAACGAUGAAGGGGAAGGAGUAAGUGCCAUUAGGAGUGAUUGUCGAGAAAGAGGGAGUUCCAGCUUUAACUUUUGGACUCCUGUACUUGUUUUGUUUUUUUUUCUUACUCUGAACUCCUUUCAGCAGGACACUAAAUUCUGUUUUUCCAUUACAGGUUGAAACACAAGAAUGAGGAUGACCUAAGGAGAGAAAUAUAAAUAUGAAGCAACUGCAGUGUGUGGCCCCAAACACCAUGGAAGGGUCCCAUUACCGAGAUUGUAGAGUGGAGGAGACACCAUGAAAAUGCCACCCAAAGACUGUCAUGUAUAUAUGAAGCUAAAACAGAACUACAAGAAAUUGUCUUCAUUCUCAACUAAAUAGAAGCCAUGCAAUGUUUUGGCAUCCUGGUGGACACAUAUCCCAGUUGCAAGCACCUUCCCUCUUUGUCCUCAAAAGCAAACACUUUUGUACUGAACUA